UGAGGAAAUAACGGUCAAGUGACGGGCCAGGGUAGCUACGACUGAAACAAAACCUAAGGGAAACCGGUCACAGGAAUACACAGUGAAUACUAAAACUCUGAAAUCACCGUGAAAACCACGUUGGGUAUGAGCUCGUAAUUUACCUGGAAAGACAGACAUUUAAGGUCCAUGAUGCAGUUCAUGCUGCUGUUCAGUCGGCAGGGCAAGCUGAGGCUGCAGAAGUGGUAUGUGCCCCUGUCGGACAAGGAGAAGAAGAAGAUCACCCGGGAGCUGGUGCAGACCGUGCUGGCGCGCAAGCCCAAGAUGUGCAGCUUUCUCGAAUGGAGAGACCUCAAGAUUGUUUACAAGAGAUACGCCAGCCUGUAUUUCUGCUGUGCCAUAGAGGACCAGGACAACGAGCUGAUCACCCUGGAGAUCAUCCAUCGCUAUGUGGAGCUGCUGGAUAAGUAUUUUGGCAGUGUGUGUGAGCUGGACAUCAUCUUUAACUUUGAGAAAGCCUACUUCAUCCUGGACGAGUUCCUGCUGGGAGGAGAAGCGCAGGAGACCUCCAAGAAGAAUGUCCUGAAGGCCAUAGAGCAGGCUGACCUGCUGCAGGAGAAUCUAGAUUUUCAGAUCCGACUCUUUCCAGGAUGCCAAAGAAGCAGAGACUCCAAGGAGUGUUCUAGAAGAGAUCGGAUUGACAUAAACACCAUGGCUCUCCACCAGGCUGUCCACCUUACUUUGCCAGCUGCCUGUCUGUUUGCUUGAAGAUGUAGCGCGCACACACACUCACACACACACGCACACAUGUGUUUCUGUUCCACUAUUCAUCAUGUAUUUCAAUUCAUUGUCCUUUUACAGCACACACAGCUCUAUACAAACAAACACACACAUGAUGUAGCACUGUACAUAUUCACGUUAGUAGAAGCCUACAGAAAAUCAUUACCCUUUUUAUAAUUUGUUGUUUCAGCCUUAAGAUAGAUAAACAGUAUUUCAGAAUCAUAUCAGUUUACUCUCAAUACAACCACAAUCAGAGUUAAAAGGAGGAAAGAUAAUCUGCAGUUCAACAGCUAUUUACCAGUAGGUGUAGAAUUCACAGACACACACAAAGUGGUAAACGGUCUUUCGGUGGGUUACUCUUUAAAAAGAAUGAAAUCAGAAUAUUGAAGCUGGAAGUAUAUACUUUUCUUAAGUAUAAUAUUUUCUUUGAAUGGAUAAUAAUGUAUUAUAUAGCCUACACACAAAGAGAGAUGUUAAAAGGGAUUCAUUCUCAAAAACCAAAGAUUUCUGUUGUUUUCUUUUUUUGCCUUAGUUGAAAAUGUUACUUUGAGCAGUUGAGGCGGCAAACAAUGUGAAGAGUCUACUGCUUGUCUCCAUUUGUGAUUGGCUGUUACUGUUGAAAGCACAAAAUGAAGCCUUUGAUGUCACUGCCCUGAACAUUCUUAGAGAUGUUCCACUGUGUUUCAUGGUGAACUACUGCUCUUUACAAUGCAAGUGCUACUGAAUAUGUUUAACUGAGGUAUCGUCACAGCUGGUUAUAUUUUGUAUAGUCGCUGAUGUCGGCUGCAUUUACAAUCACUGAUGAACGUAAUCCUGUGAUAGCCCACCCACUCCUGUUAUGUUAUAUUAGCCCUACUGUAAGUAUUUAAGGCAUUUCAGCAUCACCUCUCCCAUGUGUAUGUAGCCUAGCUUAUGUCAUGGAGAAGUAUUACCUGUAAUUGUUGUGUCUGUAAAUCUAUGUACCAGUGUUUGGUGUUUGAAAAUAAAAUAAAUACAUUUGUUUACUGCC